CACAGCUGUAAGGUGUUUCGCUUGAAUGAUGCACCAGGGUGAAAGCUGGAUUUUGGAGCACACCGACCUCAUUUUAUUCGCAGUCACAGACGAUCUACAACUGGCUAACUGACAUCUGUCAGAUUAAUCCAGCCCACGUUAGAUUUGGCGAAUAUAUGAGGCUAUAGGUUGAGGACAAUCGUUGUGGACCUUGGCGGCUUAGCGACUGCUUUGUAAGGCGUCCAGUGAAGCCGAAGUUCCAAAACAAUUCGUGAUCAUGGAGAAGUUAUCCAAAACAGAAACACUAACACUGCGUAAAAAACACAUUGGACCGUCCUGUGCAUUGUUCUUUCGAGAGAGUCCUUUGAAGAUAGUAAGAGCUUCAGGACAGUACAUGUAUGAUGAAAAGGGUGUGGCCUAUCUGGACUGCAUCAACAAUGUCUGCCAUGUGGGUCAUUCCCAUCCCGAUGUUGUGGAAGCAGCGUGUGCUCAAAUGAAGGUUCUCAACACAAACUCGCGCUACCUGCACGACAACAUUGUAUUGCUGGCACAGAAACUCACAUCUACACUUCCAGAACAGCUCUCUGUUGUCUACUUUGUAAACUCAGGGUCGGAGGCCAAUGAUCUGGCAAGGAGGCUGGCUGAAGCCCACACAGGCUCCAAGGACGUAAUAACCUUAGACCAUGCAUAUCAUGGCCACGUGAUCUCUAUAAUGGAAAUAAGCCCAUACAAAUACCAUGGCAAAGGUCCCAUGCCUAACACAACAGAAGUCCAUGUGGCUGACUGUCCUGAUGUGUAUCGGGGAAAAUACAGAGACUGUGAUUAUCCAGGUGAGGAUCUUGGCUUGAAGUACGCCGAGGAUGUGCGGGCAAUCAUCAACAGUUUACAGUCCAAGGGGCGCAAACUUGGUUGUUACAUCGCGGAAUCCAUGCAGAGCUGUGGGGGGCAGAUUGUAUUCCCACAGUCUUAUUUACCAACUGUAUACAGACAUGUAAAGGAAGCAGGAGGAGUGUGUAUAGCUGAUGAAGUACAGGUGGGGUUUGCCCGACACGGCAAACAUUUCUGGGCUUUCCAGUCCUAUGGUGUGGUCCCAGACAUUGUAACCAUGGGCAAGCCCAUGGGCAAUGGACACCCUGUUGCCGCUGUGGUCACUACACCAGAGGUGGCUGCUAGCUUCACCAACACUGGCAUUGAGUACUUCAAUACGUAUGGAGGAAACCCAGUGUCCUGUGCAGUGGCUUUAGCUGUCCUGGAUGUCAUUAAGAAGGAUAAACUACAGGAGAAUGCCAUCCAGGUGGGAGCGUACCUGAAGGAGAAAAUGCUGGGGCUGAUGGAGAAGUUCCCAGUGAUUGGGGAUGUCAGAGGGGAGGGACUUUUUGUGGGUGUGGAUCUUGUGAAGGACAGGGAGACUCGGGAGCCAAAUGCAGAGCUGGCAGCUCUCAUUCUCUCAAGUUUGAUAAGACAGCAGAUCUUACUGAGCAGGGAUGGGCCCCACUGUAACGUGCUCAAGUUCAAACCUCCCAUGUGCUUCACUAAGGAAAAUGUAGACUUGGUCAGUGAGAAGCUAGAGGAAGUACUGAGGUCAGCACAGGAGCAGUCCGGCAACUUUAACGAGAACUGUGCCCUAAGGGCAGCAGAGGAUGAGGUGAGAGACAGCCGUACCCAGACACCCUCCCCUGAUGACACUCCCCAACAAGUCAACCUUAUUGGGAGUGGAAUCAUGUGUAACAUGGGAUUUCGGGACCCUGAGGACCUUCUGGCCACAACAGUAAUUCCCGCCAAGAAGAUAAAACUAUCACAAGCCUAAGGCACCGGAGUUUUGCUCUAUUUGGACCUGUAGUGAGGAUUUUCAGUGUUCAUGUUGAUAUCAAACUGUUAGCAUGUCAGUAUUACUGUAACUGCUAACAAGUCAGUGUUUACUGUAACUGCUAGCACGUCAGUGUUUACUGUAACUGCUAGCACGUCAUUAUUUACUGUAACUGCUAGCGCCUCAGCGUUUACUGUAGCUGCUUGCACAUCAGCAUUUACUGUAACUGCUAGCAUGUCAAUGUUUACUGUAACUGCUGGCACAUCAGUGUUUACUGUAACUGCUGGCACAUCAGUGUUCGCGGCCUUCAAAACUGG